AUGGCGACCAAGAAGGAGAGACUUUUGGAGAAGUACUUGGAGAAAAAAAGAAAGCAGAGAAACAGAGAUGAGCUAUAUGCACAAAUAGCUGCAUUGAAGAGGCCUGAAGAAGGGACUGGAUGCCGGGGAGGAUCUGGGCUGGAAGACACGGGAGAAGUUGAAGAAAGCUCGUGCGAUGUAGGGGACAGCCUGGAACCGGCUUCUGAAGACCUUCCACGCGGUACAGGCCAUGAGGAAAGCAGUUCCACGACGGGAGAGGUGAUGAGUGCUGAGUGUGGAGCGGUAGAAGACUUAGACGGAGAAGAAACGGUAGAUAUGUACUGGUGGGAUUUGCACGCAAAAAAUGUGGACAGAAAGUCUGGGGUGACCUUUGGGUCUUCUGUGGGCUCGGAGACCCCCAGCUGCGACGGCAUUGUCCAGGGUUUUGCUCAAGAAGACAAAUGUGCCUGGAGUGUAGAGGAUGAGAGAAAAGAUGCUCCCAGGGAGUAUGAGACGGAAGCCCUUGAAAACAGAAGAAAAGACAUCGAGGAAUAUAGAAAAACACUGCCGAUCUACUAUGAAAAGGCCGAGAUUGUAUAUGCGGUCCGGACGUCGGCGGUGGUUUUUGUCACAGGGGCUCCUGGAUGUGGAAAGACAACCCAGAUUCCACAGUUUCUCUACGAGGGCGGGCUUGCAGCGGGAAAGAUGAUAGGAGUCACACAGCCCAGGAGGAUAUCGGCAACCUCGAUAUCCAGCAGAAUCAACGAGGAGAUGAACGAGAAUCUUUGCGGAUACAAAAUCAAGUACGAAUCAACGGUCACUUCGGAAACAAGGAUCAAGGUGAUGACCGAUGGCGUCCUGAUCAAGGAGAUUCAGGACGACUUUCUUCUGUCGAGGUACUCGGUCAUCAUUGUCGACGAGGUUCAUGAAAGGAACACCAACAUCGACCUCUUGAUUUCGAUUAUUCCAAGGAUCAUGAAGGUUAGGAGGGCAAGAGGAGACGAUCUCAAGCUGGUUCUGAUGAGUGCCACUGGGGAUGCUGAUGAAUUCAAGGCAUUUCUCGGGGACGUGACGGUGUUUGUGUGUCCCGAGAAAAGGUUCCGGGUAAGCACAUUCUACGAGGAAAAGACGGAGGCAGACUAUCUGGAUGCUGCAUACGAAAGAGUAAAAAAAAUAGUUCUUUCCAGCUCUGGAGCCCGAAAAAGAAGGAGGGUGAGAGAGGGAAGGUCUGACAUCAUUGGGUCUGAAGUUUUGAACGACAAGUCUGCUUCGAUUCUUGUUUUCCUGACCAGCAAACAGGAAAUAUACCAGCUCAAGAGCAGACUGGAGGACUCAGGGAUGGAUAUAACGGUGCUUCCUCUCCACUCGUCACUUUCAAAGUCGGAGCAGAAGCUUGUGUUCGACAAGAUGCCCAACAGGAAGGUCAUUCUUGCCACGAACAUUGCAGAGACCAGCAUCACAAUACCGGAUGUUGUUUUUGUGGUUGACUCUGGAAAGGUUAAAAACAGGCUGGUCGACUCUGAAGGAGUCACAAAGUACUCCAUUGACUUUAUUACGAAGUCCAAUGCAAUCCAAAGGACGGGAAGGGCUGGGAGAACUGGGCCCGGAGUGUGCUAUAGGCUGUACUCUGGGGAGGCCUAUGAGAGGUUUUACGAGUCCAUGAAGCCUCAAAUCCUGAGAGAGCCUCUUGAUGGCGUUGUCCUGAAUCUUCUGUCUUUAGGGAUUAGAGACAUAUAUAGCUUUCCGUUUUUGUCAAAGCCCGGAACAACAUCCAUAAACAAUGCCAUUGCGCGUCUUCAAGGUCUGGGCGCCGUUGACAAGGAUCUAAAGCUGACAGGCACUGGAAAGAAAAUGUCGAGGUACCCUGUGGAGCCCAGGCUGGCAAGGCUUCUCUGUGCCCAGGGGCUUGACGACAUAUCUACAGAAAUCAUCGUCCUUGUAAGCCUAAUUUCUUCUGGAGCCGAGGUGAGAAGGAACCACAGCAACAAGAGGUAUUUUGAGGGCUCGAAGAGCGAUUUCCUGGUUCAGCUGAGUAUCUACAGCGACUUUUUGAAAAGCAAGAGCAGAAAGGCGUUUUGCAAGGAGAUGGGCAUGAGCUAUACAACGGCAGUUGAAGCCAUGAAAAUGACGGGGUAUCUGAUGAAUAUCUCAGGGGGCACGGCAGACAGGAACGUGUCUCUGGACCUGUCUCCAGAUACGUGCCUCAAAAUAAGAAACAUAAUAUACCGUGGAUUUGUUGACCACUUGGCCAUACCCUCGUCGGGCUCCCACUUCUUCCGCACAGAAGAGGUUCUUGCAUCAAGGGAUAGCAUCUCUGUUUGCAACGGUGAUUUUGUUGUGUUUGAAAGUCUGGUCUCCAGCAAGGGGAAGCUAUAUAUGAAGAACAUCACAGCUGUUGAGGAGGCUUGGUUCUGA